AACGAACGAUUUUUAUUCAUCUGCGGUAGGGUUUUGCGGAGAAGAGGAAAAAUGGCGGUGGCGUUCUUGGGUCGAGCUUUCAUCACCAAACCAUCUGUAGCAGCGAUUUUCUCUCGCUCUUUCUCAUCAUCUUUCAAUUCUGUUCCUGGUUUGGCUCUCACUUCUCGUUGUUCAUCACCACUUCUUCGAUUCCGACCUCUUGUCGCCUUCUUACAGUUUCAUCAGUUACCACUGUCACCAAUUGGUCUGAGAUGCUUUGCGACACGUCAAACUUCAUCGUCUCUCAAUGAUCCCAACCCUAACUGGUCCAAUCGUCCACCGAAGGAGACUAUACUUCUUGAUGGCUGCGAUUUCGAGCACUGGCUCAUUGUCAUGGAGAAACCUGAAGGAGAUCCCACAAGAGAUGAAAUUAUUGAUAGCUACAUCAAGACCCUCGCUACGGUGGUUGGGAGUGAGGAAGAAGCGAGAAUGAAAAUUUAUUCGGUUUCAACUCGACAUUACUUUGCUUUUGGAGCUCUUGUUUCUGAGGAAAUCUCCUACAAGAUGAAGGAGCUGCCGAGGGUGAGGUGGGUUCUUCCUGAUUCGUACUUGGAUGUCAAGAAUAAAGAUUAUGGAGGGGAACCUUUUAUUAAUGGGCAAGCAGUUCCAUAUGAUCCUAAAUACCAUGAGGAAUGGGUGAGAAACAAUGCACGGGCAAAUGAGAGGUCCAGGCGCAAUGACCGACCUCGAAACUUUGAUCGGUCAAGGAACUUCGAAAGAAGAAGAGAAAAUAUGCAGAACCGCGAUUUCCAGGGAGGACCUCCGCCUAAUAUGGGAGGACCUCCACCUAACCCAAUGCCCAACAUGGGUGGACCUCCGCGUAACCCAAUGCCUAACAUGGGUGGACCGCCACGUAGCCCAAUGCCUAAUAUGGGAGGAAUGCCUUCAAAUCCAAUGCCUAAUAUGGGAGGAGUGCCAAAUAUGCAGAACCAGAUGCCUAAUAGAGAUGCUGGACCAGGUGCAGGGUUUCCAAAUAUGCCUAAUAGAGAAAUGGGUGGCAGAGAUUUUCAAAACAAGGAUGCAGCUAACAGUGGAGGCAUGUCCUACCAGAGCAGGGAUAUGCCAACUGGUUCCAUGCCAAACAGAGAUUUCCAGAGCGGCUACACACCUAACAGGGACAUGGGCUACGCACCUAACAGGGACAUGGGCUACGCACCUAACGGGGACAUGGGGAACAUGCCAAGUGGAAAUCAGUACCAGGUAAGAGAUACGCCUGGUAGAGAUUAUCAAUGAGGUUGAAUUGUAGAUAAAAGGGGCAGUGGCUUCGGGUGGCAGACAUGUCUUGAAUUGUUGGGACUAUUUGUUAAUGUGCCACUGUGGAUAGAACUGUCAGUAGUCCAUGAAUAUUAUGUAAUUUGAGAGAGGAGAAUUUUCAUUUUCUUUUCUUAGCCAGCAUGUUAUAGGCUAUUGGGUACCAUUGAUAUCAUCUGGGUGAGAUGUUAAUCCUUUCAAGUGGUUACACUUUUAGUCGGUGUCAUGUGUACUUUCUCACUUUGUUUUCCAAUUGGCCUUUUAGUUUGGGGGAUCUUUGUUUCUGUAU